AUGGCAAAAGGCCGCGCGACCUCUUCCGAGCCCGCCGCCGAUAUCAACAAGAUCGAUGCCCGCGCGCGCCUCGACGGCGCAACUAGCGGUGGCGGGGUGUCGACGCUGUCGGCGCUUGCGCAGGCGACGGUGCCGGCGUGGGUGCAGACGGCGGUCAUGGUCAGCCUGAUCUUUGGGGGGUGCUGCUCAAACGUAUUCGCCCUCGAAGCCAUCAUCAAAACCGAACCACAAAGCGGCCACCUCCUCACCUUCGCGCAGUUCCUCUUCGUCGCGCUCGAGGGGCUGCACCACCACUUUGACCGGCACUCGCCCACGCUCCUCAAGAAGAACGCGGUGCCGCUGUACCGCUGGGCGGUGCAGAUCCUGCUGUACUUUAGCGUGUCGGUGCUCAACAACUAUGCGUUCGGCUUCCGCAUCUCGGUGCCCGUGCACAUUAUCCUGCGCAGCGGCGGGAGCAUGACCACGUUGGUGGUGGGAUGGGUGUUUGGGAAGAGAUAUACCCGCAUGCAACUCCUCUCCGUCCUGAUCCUCACACUCGGCAUCGCCCUCUGCGCCUACAGCGACAACCCGCCUCCCCCGCCCUCCACCUCCACCUCCCCCACCCCCACCCCCACCAGCACCUACAUCACCGGCCUCCUCAUCCUCCUCCUCGCGCAGGUGCUCUCCGCCUUCAUGGGCCUCUACAUCGAGCGCACCUACCACACCUUCGGCCACCACCCGCGCGAAGGCCUCUUCUACAGCCACUUCCUCUCCCUCCCGCUCUUCCUCCCGCUCCUCCCCUCCAUCCGCGCACAAUGGAACCGCCUCGGCGGCCUGCGCUGCUGGUCAGCGUGGUGGUGA